AAAAAGUCAAGGGGUCUGAAUACUUUCCGAAUGCACUGUAAUGAACUAAUUAGCAGUCUUAUGGCUUUCGUCUGUGAGCCGAUGCUCUGGUACCAUUUGCUGGACGUUAUAGCAAUUUUUCUGUCACCGCCUGAUGGAGGUCCUGUAUUGCUCUUGCCUGUAAACAUAGAGUAAUUGUGGUUUUGAGUCAUUGCGACUUCCUUACUUGAACUCUUGUUCCUCAAAAAUAAGUUAAGUGUGAAUGAUAUAUGUAUGGUGUAAAAACAGCUGUAUGUUUAUCUCUCCACUAUGAAGGGUGCUUUCUUCUUGAACAAGGCAGAACACAGCAACACCAACAUUCCCAGCCCCUCCACAACUAUGGCUGUCAGUCUGUCAUCCCUGUACAAGAAAACGAAUGGGCAGCUGAAGAACAUGAUUUAUUCUAGCUGUGAGAAGGUCAACGAGGCCAUCAAGUCCCUGCAUUUCUUACGGAACCUCUCCCUGGAUGACUGUGUUGCGCUUGUGGCAAGAUAACCCAAGUCUAGAUGAGAAGCAGGUGAGAGCCCUGGCCCAGACCUGGAAAACCAGCAAUGACAAGGAGCGGGAGCGACGACAGGCCUUCCAUCACGACCUCCUCGCAAAACAACAAUCACUUACAAUGUGCAUCCAGACCAUUUUGGCCAGUAGAAAAAACGAAAUUACCCAUAAGCCACGGUCACCAAUCACACACCAGCUCUAACAGAUUCCGCCAAUAAACCUACACAGUGAUGCAGGAGGGAUGUCUCCAGUCUCAGUCCCCUGUUCCACUAGAGGACGCUCUAGUCUAACCACAGUAACUACAGAGGGUUCUUAGUGCUUAUUCCCCCCAAAGGGGUGACAGAUGGGUGACAAACAACAUUUCCGUUAAGGAUUUACUUUAUUGAAAAUGAAUGCAUGUUCUAUAGCAAAGAUAUAGUUCAGACACUUACUACCACAGCCAUCAGAAGACUGAUUCAACAGGGUUCACUGGACUGAUGACAAGUAUGCAACAGUAUUGGACCACAGAAAGAGGUCUCACUGGAGGCACAGGUAAUAUGAGUUUGGAAUCAGAGGUGAGGAAUCUGACGUGCGAUUGUCCCAUUGACAGCUUCAAGCGCACCGUGUUUCCUGCUGCAUACCUGCUCUUCUUCUUCCUGGGCCUGAUAGCCAACAGUGCCUCCCUCUGGGUCUUUCUGAGCAUGUACAGGAGGAAGAGGAGUAUCACCACAGUCAACCUGUACAUGUUGAACCUGCUGUUGUCAGACCUCAUGCUGGUGUGCUCACUGCCACUCAGGGCAGCAUACUACCUGCUGGACUCCCAUUGGCCGUUUGGGGACAUCACCUGCCGCCUGGUCUCCUACGUAUUCUAUAUCAACAUGUAUGGCUCUGUCUACUUCCUGCUGGCCCUGAGUGUCCUCCGUUACCUGGCCGUAUCGCGCCCCUAUACGUUCAUGAAUCUGGAGGGGGGAUCCUGUGGUUGGGGAGGGUGUCUACUCAUCUGGAUCUUUGUGUCCCUGGCCUCCGCACCCCUACUGAGUUCUGGGACUGUCCAGGAGGGGGAAGAGCGGACCCGCUGUCUGGAAUUGGGCAGCAGCCUUGGCACCAUCAUCGUCCUGAACCGUGCUGCCCUGGUGGUUGGCUUCACCCUGCCCUUCACUGUCAUCUCUGUCUGCUACGCGUGUGUUCUGCUCAGCUUGAGGCAGUGUAGGGCUGGGGUGGAGGGGAUGAAGAGGCCCUCCAGGAGGAAGUCUUGUGCCCUCGUUAUCCUCGGUCUCGGCAUCUUCAUGAUAUGCUUCUUGCCCUAUCAUGUAGUACGAACCUUCUUCCUGGCAGCAGAGCGGAAUGCUCAGCUAAAUGGUUGUGUGGAUUCUUGCAGCUAUCUCCAAGGGAUUCGGAAGGCCGCCGUGGUAACGCUCUGUCUUGCAGCAGGAAACAGCUGCCUGGACCCCUUCCUUUUCUUCUUUGUGGGAGAAAACUUCAGAGACUUCUGUAUGAAAAAUGGUAGGAGACAGAGGAGAGUUGUUAACAACACAGAGAGGCAGAGGCUUCAAGUGCUGCAGCCCAUUGAAUUAACAGUAAAUUGAUCAACUUUACACAUUUUUGUAAACAUACCAACAAUUUUGCAUUCAAUGUUUUUUUUGUGUGUUUUUUGACAUUUGCUUAUCUGGUAUUACAUUAUGAACUUUUGUUAUGGCUUGUGUCAGUCAUUUAUCUAUCUGCUUUAAAAUAAAUACAUUUCGAUAUGUAAAGAGUGAUCUCAA